AUGUCUGCCUGUCUUGCAUGGAAGUGCGUGACUGCUAAUGUCGAAAGCUUCUUUGGAGUGAUUUUGAAACAAAUUUCUGACAGCAAAAAUGAGACAGACCUCAUAACAGGCUUCCGCAAACUGAUGGCCGAUUAUUCGAAAGAGGAAAAAGCGAAGGUGUUGAUAGACCGGAUUCAGUUCGAGUACCGAUGUUGUGGCUCAGAGGGACCGCAGGAUUGGUACUCCACCCCCUGGGUCAAGGACUCCUUCAUCCCAAGAAGUCUCAAAGAACAGAGGGCCUCAAAAAAGCAAGGGGUUGGAGGUCUGUCCCUACCCUUCAGUUGUUGCAGCAUCAAGAACAUCAACCCCUGCAACUUCAUGAAUAUUGAGAAAAACACCGCCAACAGAACAGUCUACGAGACGGCCAACAGGGUUGGUUGCUACAAACACUUCACAGAGCACAUCGUUUUCUGGAUGGACUUCCUCUCCACCACCUACUACAUCACUCUGGCCCUCGAGGAGUGCCAAGUGCGAUCUUUGCCGACCUGCUUCUGCUUCAAGUGCUGCACUAAAAUCCUCACCUAUUCACGCUUAAAAGCCCAAUUUAUUACGCAGCAGGCAUGCCUGUUCGCGCUGCGUGGGCUGAUCAACCUGAUUUUCUUCCGCUACCUGCAGACGUCCAUGUACGUGGCAGUCCUCUAUGGAGACGCCGAGCAGACUGCCCCCGGUUAUCUGUCAGCGUGCGGCACCCAGCCCAUGCCUCCCGGCUUCGACCUCGACAUGGAGCAGCUGGCAAAGAAUCAGGAGGAAAUGCAGGAACUAUCUAAGCAGGACGACACGGAAAUGUUGAUGGCCGACAUGAGGCUGACAAGGAGGGAGGUGGAGCUGAUAAAUCAGGGCGAGAGGAUCGAGAUGCUGGAAGAAAUGAGAAGAAAGAAAGAGGAAGAAAGAAGGAAGAAAGAGGAGGAAGAUGAUGACGACGACGACGAUGAUGGCGGUAGGAAGAAAAAGAAGCGAAGCAAAGAACUGGAAGAUGUUUUGAAGGAAUACGCGAAGGGAGACGAAAAAAAAGACGAGCAAGAUAAGGAUGAGAAAAAAGGAAGAAACAAAACAUCAAAAAUGCAACGUCAGCUCAGUGAGCACUGCAUCAUAGCGGUGAGAGUUGAUCAACUUGCACUCAUCAGAAGCAGAGCUGAAGAAUCUUCACACGUGUACUCUUCUCCGUACUGCCUCCAAUGCCUCGUGUACUUCCACUUGUUUGCACAUCUCACAAACAGAAUUAGGUGUCAAUAA